AUGCCCAGCUCAACAACCCUACACGGCCUCCUCUCCAACAUCCUUGACAACUCCUCCAAGUCCGCCAGGCACCGUGCUUCGACAGAUAUCCCAGAUGGACUGAAACGGAUACGGCGUCUGGUCCUCACAGAGGGUAUCCCUGAAGUGCCUGGAAAGCCACCGCUGCGGGCGCGUAUAUGGAAAUUGAUGCUGAAAGUCGACACACUCAAUGCUGAGGACUAUCUGCGCUGGGUAUCUAUGGGACCUUCAUCCGACAGCCACAAGAUCAAAAACGACACUUUCAGAACCUUGGCUACCGAUACGCAAUUCAAGGGCAAAGUGAAAGAGGACAUGCUCAUCCGUCUCCUAGAAGCUUUUGUAUGGAAGAUCACUUCUACAGAGUCGGAAGACGAUACACAGCCCUUCAAAUACGUUCAAGGCAUGAACGUCCUCUCCGCUCCAUUUCUGUUCACCAUGCCUUCACAACUGGAGGCUUUCGCCUGUUUCUCGACCUUCAUUGAGAAUGGGUGCCCGCUAUAUGUCCAGCCGUCCCUGAAAGGUGUGCACGAGGGCUUGAAACUGUUCGAUCGAUGCUUGGAGAUUGUGGACCCGGAGCUGUAUGACAGAUUGGCGAGCAAGAACUUGAAGGCUGAGAUCUAUGCUUUUCCUUCUGUUAUGACCCUCUGCGCUUGUACACCUCCGCUUGAAGAAGUACUUCAACUUUGGGACUUCCUCCUCUGCUUUGGUCUCCACCUCAACAUCCUCUGCGUGAUCGCCCAGCUCCUCCUGAUCAAACAAGACCUUAUGGAAUCUCCCUCACCGAUGAAGAUCCUCCGUACUUUCCCCCCACUUCAAGCGAGGCCUGUGAUAGGCGUAACUGUUGCGCUGGUAAAGGAUAUACCGGAGGAUCUAUAUAGGGAGUUGGUGGCGCACCCAUACGCUGUUUGA